AUGUCCGGCGAACCAGAGCCUCGUCGAUCCGUGCGAGCCACAAAAGGUCAACACACAAAAGCAUUCGAUCAACUCGAGAACGGACCGGAACCUGUGAAGCGACGCCAGACCAAAAAGAAUAGCAAAAAGACAACCGAGAAGGACGAGAAACAGGAUGACGAUGAAGAAAUCAUACGUUGCAUCUGCGGUGCUACUACGCAGGACGACGAUGAUACGAACGAACCGUGGAUUGCAUGCGACAAGUGUGGUGCUUGGCAACACAAUGUGUGUAUGGGCAUGAGUGUUUUUACGGAAGAUUUAACUAGAGAUUAUUUCUGCGAACAAUGCGCGCCCGAAGAUCACAAGGUUACCCUGGAGGCUAUGAAGAAAGGGGAGAGGCCAUGGGAGGAGCGUAGGCAUAAGUAUGAAGAAGAGAAGAAGCGCAAGAAAGGGGGUAGGAAAAGUAAGGGAAAGCGCGUAAGUGAUCCUAAGGACCGUUCAUCGCCGAGUACAUCUACUACGAAGGCAAAGGCAUCUCCUACCCCUGAUGCGAAAAAGGAAGAAAGUACACCCGAGUCGGCUUCUAAGGGUAAGCGCAAAGCUCGGGAUCAGUCACAAGGGCCACAUAGCAAGCUUCGCAAGGUUUCAGAUGUGCAAGCAGUUCCGUCAGGCCCGGCAUAUACUCCUCCGGAUGACUUGCCCGAGAAUAUUCAGAAGCUUGAAGGCCCUCGAAGACAAGCAGCACUAGGCUUACAGAAAUCCCUCGAUGCGGCUAUCGACCUUACCGAGAAGAAAAAGCUAUAUGCUAUCCCUCAAGGCUCAUCCAAAAAGGAUAUCACUGAACGAUUAGCUAUCGAGAUCGAACGAGCCUUCCAAGACACUCACCCGAACACCUCUCAUAACGCAUCCCAACUUCGCGCACUGUUCUUCAGUCUGAAGAAUAUAUAG